GCAGAAAAGUCUGUUAUUGAAGCAAUUUACAGAGUUUCAGCACUUCCAUUUGGGAUCUUACUGUAACAUGCUUUGAGCUUUUGAAGCUUCCUGCCGAUUCACCACCUCGUAAACCUAGCAUCGGAUUUUAACGUAAGCGAUUCCAGUUGCUUAUAAAUUUUACUUGAUCUACUUUCAUAUCCUGAUUGCUUUUAUUGUUCAUCGUUGCAGCUCAGAAUUCUCGAUUCAUCAGGUUUGCAUCAUCAAACCCUAAUUUAUUUUUUAAACACAAAAUCUGCUUUCAACUGACGGUUUACUUUCACAAUUUUUCCUUGUAAUUGAAAUGGAUACGGAAAACUGUAUCAGAAAUAGCUAGAUCGUUCUUGAGAUGAUUCUGAAAUUUGUUUGUUUUAAUUUUUAGCAAGUGACUAUGAGUUCCACAAUCGAGAAUGUCGAUAGGGUUAGCAGCUUGCCUGAAGAGGUUGUUUCACACAUACUCUCUCAAAUGCCUAUGAAAUUCGCAGUGCGAACUAGCAUUUUGUCGAAAAGAUGGAGAUACAGUUGGACAUUGGUCCACAACCUUGACUUUGAUGAUUUUCACCCUGUCUAUGGUUUGGAUUGCUUUUCGAAAUUUGUAGAUGGAGUGCUGGAGCUUUGCAAAACACCUGAAGUUAUAUUAUUCAGGUUGUGCUUUUCGGAAAUUUGGGUUCGAAGGUCAAGUGCAUCAAAGUGGAUUAAUGAAGCAGUUAGGUUAAACGUUCGUGAGCUCGAUAUACAAGUUAUCCUGCUAGAGUUGCCUAUCAGCCUGUUCACUUGCAAGACACUCACAAAAUUAAGAUUAGAUUGUGGUGUCUUUGAUUUGGAUGUUUGGAACUGUCCAUCUCCUGUUGCCCUUCCUUGUCUGAAAACCCUCGACAUUGCUGUCUCUAGAGAACCUUCUGCCAGUGCAUUCAAACUCAUCCAUGGCUGCCCAGUACUUGAAAGUUUAUCCCUGCAAGUAUUAUGGCGCAACGAUGAAGAAGAGUACAAUUUCAAUAUCCCUACUUUGAAGCGAUUGAGACUAAUUACGAUGAAAUGUGUUUCAGUUAUCAACAAAGUUGUUUUAAACCUCCCUAAUCUUGAAUACCUCUUUGUUGGUGGCAUCUUGUGCUCGCUUUUUGUGAUGGUAGAUUUGUCGUCUCUGGUUAAGGCAAGAGUCUCAUAUUUUGAAGUAAGAUUUAGCGAUAUGUUGGUUGAGCUUCUAAAAGGAAUAAGUGGAGCUAAAUCAAUUUCAUGGUCCACUUCAACUACUGAUAUACCAUUGGAUGCACCGCUGCCCAAAUUUCCUAAUUUGAAGCACUUGGAUUAUAAGGGUGGUCGUUUCUGGUCUGGAUGGCCAUUAAUCCCUCAAUUUCUUGAAAGCUCUUCAGAGUUGGAAGAUUUACGCAUUGAAGAGCUGGAUGAGUCUUGCUGGAUUGAGCCGCAGUCGGUUCCCACAUGUAUGCUAACAAACCUUAAAACCAUCGAACUUGCAAAAUGCAAGGGGAAUAAAUGCGAUGUACAGUUCAUGGAAUUCGUGUUGGGAAACGUGGAGGAUCCGAAGACGGUAACAAUCACGUGCGAACGCUUGCGUCAAAACGAAGAGAUGCGGUUUUGUGCAGAAUUGCUAAAGCUUCCAAGGGCUUCCAGGCAUUGUGAGAUUCAUUUUGUAGGGACUCGGUCUCGCACAAUAAUUUAGGGGCCUAUUUACGAAACAGUUACGCGGUAAACACCUAACCGGGUCACUUACUAUACUGGAUAGACAUGGCAAGGGGAGAGAAUCUUACCUGGUAAGAGUGAUGGCAGAGACUGGUAAAUUUGUUACAUAUGAUGCCGUUUUGAUGUAAUAGAAUCUUAUCCGAGUAAGGUAAGUAAAGUGUUAGUUUUGACAAUCUGAAUUCAAUGGUUACUUGUAGUUAUAUUUUCAUCA